GGGAACCAAGCAGCGAGGAAACCGGCCGACCCGCGUUGGAGGCGAGGGGGCGUUUCUUCCCCGCAAGUUUGCGGGGCCCAGCGCUCUCCAAGCCGGAGAGCUAGGCUCUGCCGUGCCGGCCGCCGCUUGCGUCGCGCACCGCUUGCUCGCGCUGAUGUCGUGCGCCGGCCAACAGCGGCUCGCGGUGGCCGGGGUGGAGCUCAACGUCGCUGCACACGGUCGCUCGUGCCGGCCACCGGACCUCGUUGCCGUCUUUCGCGAGUGCGCUCGCGGUCCCGCCGUCAUCGGGCAUGCAUGCUCGCGUGCACUCGCGGCCCCGUCGCCGUUGAGAGUGUGCGCAGCUCGCCGCCUGCCACCGCGGUCUUGCAGGAAUCGAUGCUCAUCCAUGAAAAAUCAACAUGGUGGCCGAAAUCAAUUGCCUAGUAGAUGCUCUCCGCGGUCGACCUGACCCGGAUGUCAGCAGACCGGCGCAGGCAAGCUCGAAGGAGAAAGGCGUUCGUGGGCCUGGAAGGAGGAGUGCGCGCGCCAUCAAGCCCAGUCCACGUUAUAUUGGCGGACAAUGGGUUGACAUCCGAGGCCCAGCUACUUGCUGGCGUGUGCGUGUAGCUUUCUCUUUUAUCUGGAGCUGUUCUGUUGUAACGAUCCAUCGUGUGGUUGUAUAACCUGUUAUGCGUCGUCCGGUGCUCCGGCGGCGAGUGGCGGCGGCUGCGGCCGAGAAACUUAGCCUUCCGUAUUCAGCCUGGAUCUAGUUCACGAGCAUCGAACUUGGUUCCAUGUGAAGAUUGGUGCGAUGUCGCCGCCACGGAUUGAAGACCCGAUGGCUUCGAUUCUCGCGAAGCUGGAGGAGAACGUGAAGAAGGACGAGGAGUCUAGGUGCUAACUCCAGUGCUUCGAUUCGAUUGGUGCGACUCCAGUGCCACCUCCGGUCACAGAUGCGAGGCAAGCGCAGGGUUUCAUCUCCUUCUUCAAGAAACUGCCGCAGGACCCCCGGGCCGUUCGUCUCUUCGAUCGCAGGGAUUAUUACACUGCUCAUGGUGAGAAUGCCACGUUUAUUGCAAGGACAUACUACCACACAAUGUCAGCCUUGCGUCAACUAGGUAGCAGCUCUGAGGGAAUCUCAAGUGCCAGUGUGAGCAAGGCUAUGUUUGAGACCAUUGCCCGCAACAUUUUGUUGGAGCGGACUGACCGUACAUUGGAGCUCUAUGAGGGAAGUGGGUCGAGUUGGAGGUUAACAAAGUCUGGAACACCUGGAAAUAUUAGUAGUUUUGAAGACAUUCUGUUUGCAAAUAAUGACAUGCAAGAUUCACCAAUAAUUGUUGCUUUGUUUCCAGUGUUCCGGGAAAGUCAGCUGUAUGUAGGGCUUAGUUUUUUGGAUAUGACCAACAGGAAGCUUGGGUUAGCUGAGUUUCCUGAAGAUAGCCAAUUCACAAAUGUUGAAUCAGCACUUGUUGCAUUAGGUUGCAAGGAGUGUCUUCUCCCAGCGGAUUGUGAGAAAUCCAUUGAUUUGAAUCCCCUUCACAGUGCCAUUAGGAAUUGUAAUGUUCUGGUGACUGAAAAAAAGAAGGCUGACUUCAAAUCCAGAGAUCUUGCACAAGAUCUUGGUAGAAUAAUCAGGGGUUCUGUUGAGCCAGUUCGUGACCUGCUAUCUCAGUUUGACUAUGCUCUUGGUGCCCUUGGAGCUCUGUUAUCUUAUGCCGAGUUGCUAGCAGAUGAUACUAACUAUGGAAAUUACACAAUUGAGAAGUACAAUUUGAACUGCUACAUGAGACUUGAUUCUGCUGCGGUGCGAGCAUUAAACAUUGCAGAAGGGAAAACUGAUGCGAACAAGAACUUCAGUUUGUUUGGUUUGAUGAACAGAACCUGUACUGUUGGGAUGGGAAAGAGAUUGCUGAACAGAUGGCUGAAACAACCUCUAUUAGAUGUGAAUGAAAUCAAUAACAGAUUAGAUAUGGUUCAGGCUAUCAUAGAAGACCCAGAGCUUCGUCAGGGACUCAGGCAACAACUUAAAAGGAUAUCAGAUAUUGGUCGUCUAACGCAUUCACUCCGCAAGAAAUCAACUAAUCUACAACCUGUUGUUAAGCUUUACCAGUCUUGUUCUAGAAUCUCAAUCAUCAAGGGUGUUCUUCAGCAAUACAAUGGCCAAUUUUCCACAUUGAUAAGGACAAAGUUUCUUGACCCAUUGGAAGAAUGGAUGACAGAGAAUCGAUUUGGUAGGUUCGCUUCUCUUGUUGAGACAGCUAUUGACCUUGAUCAGCUGGACAAUGGAGAGUACAGAAUAUCUCCCCUAUAUUCUUCUGACUUAGCAGUGCUGAAGGAUGAGCUUUCUGUUGUCGAAGAUCACAUAAAUAAUUUGCACAUGCAUACAGCUAAUGAUCUGGAUCUUUCUGUUGAUAAGCAUCUGAAGCUAGAAAAAGGACCAUUUGGACAUGUGUUCAGAAUCUCAAAGAAAGAGGAGCAGAAAGUCAGGAAGAAACUGACUAGCAACUACAUAAUCAUAGAAACUCGUAAAGAUGGCGUGAAGUUCACUAGUCCGAAGCUGAAAAAGCUAGGUGAUCAAUACCAGGCACUGCUUAGUGAGUACACAAGUUGUCAGAAAAAGGUUGUUGAUGAUGUAGUGAGGGUUUCUGGCACCUUCUCAGAGGUAUUUGAAAAUUUUGCUGCGGUUCUUUCAGAGUUGGAUGUUUUACAAAGUUUUGCUGAUUUGGCAACUAGUUGCCCAGUUCCUUAUGUAAGGCCAGACAUUACAGCUUCGGAUGAAGGAGAUAUUAUUCUACAAGGUAGCAGACAUCCUUGUCUGGAAGCACAAGAUGGUGUUUACUUUAUACCCAAUGAUUGCACUCUGGUAAGAGGGAAAAGUUGGUUUCAGAUCAUUACUGGGCCAAACAUGGGAGGAAAAUCCACAUUUAUAAGACAGGUCGGUGUAAAUGUUUUGAUGGCACAAGUUGGUUCCUUUGUUCCUUGCGAUCAAGCAAGUGUUAGUGUGAGAGAUUGUAUUUUUGCUCGUGUUGGUGCUGGUGAUUGCCAACUUCGUGGUGUAUCAACCUUUAUGCAAGAAAUGCUUGAAACAGCAUCCAUCCUGAAAGGCGCCACUGACAAGUCUCUUAUUAUUAUUGACGAGCUGGGACGUGGAACUUCCACAUAUGAUGGAUUUGGUCUCGCAUGGGCUAUAUGUGAGCAUCUAGUGGAAGUGACUCGAGCGCCUACCUUGUUUGCAACCCAUUUCCAUGAAUUAACUGCAUUAGCACAUAGAAAUGAUGAUGAGCACCGACAUGUUUCUGAUAUUGGAAUUUCAAAUUAUCACGUGGGUGCUCACAUAGACCCAUCAAGUCGGAAGUUAACUAUGCUUUACAAGGUUGAACCUGGGGCAUGCGACCAAAGUUUUGGUAUUCACGUUGCAGAAUUUGCUAAUUUUCCAGAAGCUGUUGUUGCUCUUGCAAAAAGCAAAGCAGCAGAGUUAGAAGACUUUUCUACUACACCCGCAUUUUCUGACGACUCAAAAGAUGAGGUUGGGUCAAAGCGCAAGAGGGUAUUUAGCCCAGAUGACGUGACCAGAGGGGCUGCUCGAGCUCGGCUUUUCCUGGAGGAAAUGGCAGCGUUGCCUAUAGAUGAGAUGGAUGGGAGCAAGACCAUGGAGUUAGCCACCAAACUGAAAGCUGACUUGCAGAAAGAUGCAGCUGACAAUCCUUGGCUUCAGCAGUUCGUCUGAAGCGAAUUUGUCUGUGAAUUUCGUUAAGGUAAAACUGUUAGAGAACUAUGCUGGUGCUAGGAUCUCCUGAUCCAUUUUUGUUAAUAUGCGUUGGCGUAUAUUAUUCUCUAGCCUUAAUUGAACAAGUAGUAGGCUAGGCAAAACGACCUGCAAAAAACCAUGUCUACAUGUCGCGUUGGCGUGACUCCUGCUAAAUGCUUAAUCGGCUGCAGUUACUCAUU